AACAUUAAAGGGUUACCUGUGAGUAAAUUAAAACCAUAAUGUCAACUUAGGAGUAAAGAAAAUGUUAUAGGAUAAUAUGUUUAAAAUACAUAUUAUAAUAUUGUGAGUAAUAAACAUUGUAGAUUUAAUAAAUGGCUGUCUUUUCAUGGCACUGAAAUAGCUCCAUAAAUCACUUCAGUUAACUCGUUUUAAUGUUUUCAGUAAAUUAAUGGAGACCUAUUUUCAGGCCCCUGUCGCUCUCUAACUGGUGUCUUGGAUGAGUUGCAGAGCGCUCUCUGCUCUCUCAUUGGCUGAAGCCGUUGUGCCGUAACGGCUCCUGCAGCCUGAGCGGUGCUGAAGCGGCGUGGGGAAGGAUGCUGUGAAAUGCACUCACACUUGUGUGUGAAGGGGGGAGACAACACAGAUCCGUUGUAGGAACAGUGUGGGGACAGCCUCCAUGAUCCAGUCUCAUCCAGCAGCAUGAUUGGAGCAUCCAGUCUCCCGGGGAACACAAUGAUAGCGUGCCACUUUCCUGUGGGGCAGCUUCCCCCUUGGCAGCUUCCCACCCCAGCUGUACGCAGCUCAGCCAGAAGGCCCGGCCGCGUGUGCUCAGCUGGCCUGGCUCGAGCGGCGUCUCUGCCCGAGCAGGACACGAUCAACAGAGAGCAUGCUUUCAGAGGCGGGAAAAGGAACUUCUCCAACAGUUAUGGAAGUCUCACUGAGGAUCGUGCAGAGGAGGAGGGGACCAGCGACAGCAGUGGCAGGUGCGAUUCCGCAUCCUCGCCGGAAGAAGCGAGUUCCCAUCUGAAGAAGGAAAGCUGUGUAGCUGGGGGUCACCUGCGGUCACACAACUCUUUCCUCCCCAGUACAGAACAUGAUGAGGAUGAUGAGGAUGGAGAUAAUCUCCACAGAUACUAUGAAGACUCAUCUUUUGCCUUGCAUGGUAAUUCCAAUUGGCUUCUUAGUAAUGGUGCAAUGAAUUACGCAUUGUCUCAGGGGGACCUGGAAGGUGAAUGGAAUAAUGAAGGGACAAUGCUGGGUAUGGGAGGCGACCAGCAUUGGCUUUCUAACCACCCUAAACAGAUGGACCCACUGUUGGCUGAAUGUCAAUGCUUCCACAUGAGAAGAACUGACACCUCAGUGAUGUCACAGGAUAACAUGUGCUGUGGCAUCCAAGACAAAUGUUCUCCAGAGCGGCUGUCCAACUGCCACACAGACUCUUCCUGCACCAGCUCAGAUGGCGUCUUGGUAAACUUUUGUGCAAUGUAUAACAGGAGCAACAAUCCUGCAACACCUCAAGAUCUUGGCAGCCCUGCAGUUCAAACAUCUGACGGAUCUGUGCUUCUGAGUCUACAGGACGUUUCCCACAGUCCAACUGAGCAGGGACAGCACAAACACAUGAGGGAUCGCUCUCCUCCCACAGAUGAGGUUCACAGGUCCAAACGCUCUCCUCAAGGGGUUGACUCAAACUGCAACCUUUUCCCGCAGGAGCCGGACCCCCCGGGCCUCUCCUCUCUGGAGGUGACGGACCUGGCCAUUUGUCUUCAAAGUCAAGCCACGAUAGCGGUGGAAACAAACCUAAAGUACUACAAGCUUGUUACUUGUGACCUCUCGUCUCAGUCUCCCAGCCCAGCCUGGUCUAGCCUCACCAGCUGCCCUGAGGGGCAGGGUCAAAACAGCCCCUUCCCUAGCCCUCCUGAUCAUUUCAAAGAUCAGCACAACAAAGACAAGAAGGAGUCGGAGGAUUGUCAAAAGGAAGAAAGACUUUCCCCUACAGAGUUGAGGCUGAAGUUGGGUUCUUAUCAUCUUCAGGCCUGUGAUCAUCAGGUUGCCGGCACCUCCACUGACAGAAGCUUGUGCAGGUCAAGGUCAGAUGGCCUCCAGAACCACUCUCACAUGCCUUCUUCGUCACUGUGCCUCGGCCGGUGUAACCUGCAUGGAGGUAAAUGCAAAGCUCCAGAAGAGGAAAGCACCCAACCAUCUAUGAAGCAUCAGCAAAUGAAUGCUGAUGUUACUGAAAAAGGGAAGUGUUCAGUGGGAGAUAACACUGAAAACAGCAAAAAACCCCAGAGGCCAACCUCACUGCCUAUCCAGCCCUUCAUUCUGCUUCCUGCAGGACAGCCACAAUCAGAGGUUCAUCUGGGAUGUCUUCUGGAGCAGUACAUGAACCAGAAGGCCAGCAAGCCUAGAAAAUCCCAGAACUUCCAAAAAUUUACAGACGAAAGAAGUCAGUGUUUACCCAAUCAUCAGUUAUCCCCAACACAGAUCCGCUGCUCCAUCUUUCUGGAGGCUCCUUCCAGCUCUGAUACCUGCUCCACCUGCACCCCAAGCCCAAAGUGCUUCACAGACAAACAUGUGGGCAUCCCAACAAAUAAACUUCCAAAAAGCAGCCUGGAUUCAUAUCAGGUCAUCAUCAAACCCCAAACAAAUCAGGUUCAGGAGAACAGAAGUAAAACCGAGACUAACACUCCUAUAAACUCUGCUUCAUGUCCAUCCAACCUUGUAAAGAUCCCCACCUACCAAGACCUGAUCGACCUCACCUCGAUUAAGAGCUGCACUGGUUCUGAUCCAACUAACUCAUCCAACUAUUCAUCAUCAUCACACACACCACCCACAUUAUAUCUGACAACUGACCCAUAUCAGCCAAACGUGCAGGGUUUCCUAUCACCCCCCAUGGCCCCUCUUCAGCACCCACAGCAUCCAGCUGCUCCUCCGAAUGUCUCAGUGGCUUCUCUUUCUUCUUUGCGCUCUCUCCUCUCUUUGGCUCCUUCUAGCCUGCUUUUCCAGCAGUUUGAAGACUCCUCUGAACUCAAUACAGGGUCAGAUCAGAGACAGCAGAGAAGAUGCCCCUCGGAGCUCUGCUUCUCAUCUGAUUCUACCUACGACUCCAUGUCCAUCAGCCAUCUUCAGAGGAGAGGUUUGCUGGUGGCUGUGAGCAGCGCAGUGGAUUUAAUCAUGGCCCAUUUCAGCAUCAGCAGGGAUCCUGAUGAGAAGAUGCGUCUGGGUAACAGCUCCUACAGCCCCACUAUUUCUGCUUUGGUCCUGGAACACUUGUGUCCUGCAAUCCAGAAUCUUUUAAAUGAUGGUCUGAGGAACCACAAACUGGAUUUCAUUAUUGGACAGCGCCGCAAUCAUUCCUGGAAUGUGGUGGAGGUCUCUACUCGGAUUGGUCCAUCCACCAGGGUCCUCCACAGCCUGGUCUGCAAGAUCAAGCAGUGUUCCUUGCUCACCAGCCACUGUAUGAGACUGAGAGCAUUCAUCAUGGGCCUGUUAAACUUGAGGGCUCUUGAGUUCUGGCUCAGUCAUCUACAGAGUCAGAAAGAUUUGCUGCCUGCAUAUUACCACUCUUGGGGGUUCUUGUCCAUGACCCUGGGCCGGUGUCAGCCCAUGUUCCAGGAGCUGCUGCUCCUGCUGCAGCCUCUCUCUGUGCUGCCCUUUGACUUGAACUUACUGGUGGAGCAUCGCUUGUUUCAACACCGGUCGCUCUGUUCGGAGACUCAUUCCCCGCUCCGGCCCUGCUCAGCACUGCUGGUCACCAGCUGGCCAAAAUUACAAACCAACAGAAUGUUCGACGGCAGCUUUAAAAGUCACCGGACCACGAUCCCACACCAGACAAGUCAAACUGUCUGCAGUAGUCAGAACAUAAGAGGGACCAGCAAGAGUUUGGUGUUGGAUUCCAUACCAGAGUACUGGCCAAAAGAGUCCGAUCUUGAGGAUGGCGUUGUAAAGAAACAGAAUAUAAGGGAAAAUCACCGCCAUCAAAUCAAUAUGAAGUGUACAAAGGAAGAGAAAAUGGAAGAAAAAGACAACCAGAAUGCAUCAGCCUCAGACCAUAAAGACGAUCCUGCUCAAGGAGGAAGACGCUGGUCAAAACUCUUUGGAGCAUCAAAUACUUUUGGAAGAGCACAAAGCAGAAGGCCAUCGCAGUGGCUGCAGUUGGAUGCAGCGCAGCUGGGACUGUUGGCUCAAACCAUCAAGAACAUAAAGGGGGGAGCUCCAACCCGUACGGGGCACUGACAACUGAGAGAGGACUGUUCAGAAACAAGAGCAUGCAAAUACACUUUGGAAACUGAGCUCCACCACUGAGUUAAGCACAAAAACCGACAAUCAUCUGCUUCUCAGAAACUGUUAUCCUCGUUUUCUGAAGCACUUUGUCAAAUUAAAAGCAAUUUCCUAAAAAAUAAAUCAUUAAAGUUUUUAACAAUAGCAAAGCAGAUAACAGCACUUUGAGACUAGUAACACACUUAGUAAACUCUAUCCAUUGAUCCACAUAGGCUUACAAAUGAGAUUUAAAUGUUGUAUAUCUCCAUGCACCGGCCCACAUCUCUUAUUUAAUUCAGAAAAAGAACAAACUCUCAUUAUAAGUUAAGCAAUUUUCCUUAAAAUGUUCUUGUCCUGCAAGAGUUUGUGCCAAUUCUGUGAGAUGACAUUUUAAAAGAAGCUCAUCUUAGAGUUUCACCAGAAAAAAAUAUGAAAUAAAAGCACUCAAGAUCCUCGAUAUGCUUCCUUCUAGUAGUGAUCAGUUCAUAAAUGUGAUACAUUUGAUUUUUCAACAUGUCAACCUCCAAGUAAUCAUAUCAAUCAUUUUAUUUUUUCAUUUAAAAUGAAGAAGACAAAUGUUGUUAUUUCCUUCACACCAGCCUCUCCUUUCGCAGCAUCUUUUUAGCAUGAAUUUGCUGUAUGUGCAUGUUUUGUGCUUCUGACCUCUGUUUUUCUGUGUUGUCUUCUGCAGUUUUAAUAAAAGCCAUCUUGUGGUAGCUUCAGGUAUUAUCCGCCAGGCUUUUUGAAUGAGGACAACAUGCUUUACUUUCAGUUCAAAAGAAGGGGGCUAACUGCAGAGUUAGAUGUACCACUUUGCAGCUUUUGAAAGUGUCCCAUCUCCCUGAAUGCUUGUUUUCAUGCAGAGCAACAAUCAAACCUCUGCCAAAAAAACUAAAUAAACUUCCUUUUUGUCUGUC